AUGCAGCAGCAACCAACAUCACCACAGCAGCCUCAGAAAGGGCGGGGUGUCCUCGUGGACAAAUACCUGAUUCAGGCGAUGUAUCAUUACUUUCCUGCCUACAAGGAUAACCUGAAGCUGUGGUUCCAACAGAUACAGAAUGUGUCGGACCAGCGGGAGCAGCUGCGCUUGUUGCUGCAGCAGGUGCCCAUUGAGGUGUAUAACCAGGCCAAGCUGCACCGUGAGGAAUUCCACCUUCGCCACAAGCAGCAGCAGCAGCAGCAGCAAGCGCAGCAGCAGGCACAGCAGGCGCAGCAGCAACAGGGAGGACAGCAGCAGCCGGCACAGCAGCAGCAGCAGCAACAGCAGCCGCCGCACGUCCAGCAGCAGGCGUCAACGCAGCAGUUGCUGCAGCAACAGCAGCUGCAACUGCAGCAGCAGCACCAGCAGCAAUUACAGCAGCAGUGGCAGGCACAGCAGCAGCAGCAACAGCAGCAGCAGCCGCAGCAGCCACAGCAGCCGCAGCAGCAACAUCAGCAACCAGCACCACAGGCACAGCUUCAGCAGCACUUGCAACAGCAGUUUCAACAGCAGCAGCGAUUGCAACAGCAUGCACAGCAGCAGCAGCAGCAGCAGCAGCAGCAGCAGCAGCAGCAGCAGCAGCAGCAGCCGCAGCAGCAGCGGCCCUCGCCCCAACUGCAACCGCAGCAGCAGCAGCAGCAGCAGCAGCAGCAGCAGCAGCAGCCGCAGCCGCAGCAGCGGCCAGGCACAUUGCCCAUGGGCAGCAUAUCUGCCCCGUCGACGGCGACAGCACAGGGGCCGGCCGCCGCCGCGGCCGCGCCGCAGCAGAGUGUGGCGCAGCAGGGCGCGGCGGCCAAGCGGCAGCGGAUAGGGGAUGAGGAGCUGUUCCUUGGUGGCGGGCGGGAGCACCUGGAUGUCCUGCAGGGGGUGGGGCUGGACGCCAGGGACAUGGGCGCGGGGCGGGAGCUGCGGACGGUCGCAGGGGCAGCACGGGAGGAGCCCGUGCUGGCUCAGGCGCCGCUGCUGCAGCUCGUGUGCCGCACCGCGCUUCGGGCCGGCAUCAAGCUGGUGAACCAGGAGGUCCACGGGUUCUUGGCAGCUGCCGUGCAGGUGCACUUGGGGUCGUUCCUGCAGCGCGCCGCGCGCGUGCGCAUGCAGCGGGCGGACGUCUGCAA